GUUGCUUUCUUUUUGCUCCCACUACAUCCUCGACUUGCUUCAUCCUUGUCCACGGCGACUAAGACAAAGACAAAGACAAAGACUAAGACGAAGACUACUCCUACGACAAUUAAGACAACGAUAACGACAACGACGACAUAGUACAAUGAACGUCUCUGAUCUACUUCAAGAUUCACCUAGUCAGCAUAGAAAACGUCCAACAAGUACGAGCACGAGCUCUUCUUCACCUGUACCUCAACAGAUCGUCAAGUCGAAUUCAGUUUCACCCCAAGCAAAUGCAGCUCAACCUCGUCCUACACUUCCACCAACCCCAAAUCCGAAUGCCCAGUACCCUGCACCGCCAUCUUACUAUUCACCUUCCCCUUUCGUACCACAACGUAUCACACCGAGGCAACCCCCCGAACAACCGAUGGCUAGUCUACAACACCCUCACCCUCACACUCAUAAUUCCUGGGGUCCUCGUUCAUCUUCGGGGUCCUCCACUCUUCUAUCCGCGACUACCAGAGCGCCAUUACCCGUUGGUCUGUUCUUCUUUUCUUUUCAUCUUCAUGUAAACACUCAUUUUCAUUCCUUCAAUGAAAUCUAUAGAAAGAAGUCCAGUAGUUCAACGACAAAACGUAAUCAACCCCGUAUCUACUGCUCCAGCACCCUCCCAUUCACCCCAAAACCAAUCUCAACCCCCCAAACAAUCACUCGAAAAACGUCCUCCUCCAAACUUGAACCCCAAUCUCAAUCCCAGUCCAAAUCUAAACCCAAAUCUCAACUUUCGUGACCGCGAGACUAUGCGAGACCGCGAUGGCCCUCUCCGCGACCUUGCCCGUGAACAAGGUCUCCACAUUCGUGACCCUAUAUUGUUACCAAGGGAUAGAGACUUGUUACCAAGGGAUAGAGACCCUGCCUUAUUACCCAGAGAGCGCGAUCCUGCCUUGCUUCCCAGAGAUCCAAGUCUGCUGCCGCGUGAGAGGGACAUCCGUGAUCCCACUCUCCUCCCAAGAGAACG